GAGAACAAAUACAUUAGAACAGGAUAAGCGAUUUGUAGCACUUAAGGUCGUGAAAUCGGCGUCUCACUUUACGGAAACGGCGUUGGACGAGAUCAAGCUGCUGAAGGAUGUGCGCGACACGGAUCCCAAUGACCCAAAGCGCAACAAGACCGUCCAGCUGCUGAACGAUUUCAAGAUCAGUGGUAUAAACGGCCUGCACGUAUGCAUGGUCUUUGAGGUGCUCGGCCAUAAUCUUCUCAAGCUCAUCAUCCGAUCAAAUUAUCGGGGCAUACCACGUAACAACGUCCGCCGUAUCAUCAGACAGGUUUUGGAGGGGCUGGAUUAUUUACACAAUAAAUGUCAAAUCAUUCACACUGACAUUAAACCGGAGAAUGUACUGAUCUGCGUGGACGAGACGUACAUUCGCAAGCUUGCCUCCGAAGCGACAGAAUUGCAUUCCUUAGGCCUGCCAUUGCCUGCAUCGCUUAUAUCAACGGCGCCCAAGGAGUUCCAAGAACCAGUGCCCACUGCUAAAAUGUCCAAGAACAAGAAAAAACGGCUCAAGAAGAAAGCCAAACGUCAGAACGAGCUUCUCAAGCGACAAAUGGAGCAGAUCGAGGAGAUAGAGGAGCAGACCAAACAGGAAGGCCCCGACGUUGCUGCCGGUCACAAAGAGAACGGCGAGGCAACGAGAACGAACGCGGAUAACAGCGCGACCGAGCAGGAGCUCAACUCGGAGAGCAUCGAUGAGAUCUCGGAGAGCAACAAGGAGUCGCCGGACGACAUGUCUGAUUUGUCCGCUACUCCUAUGCACGUCAACGGCGAGUCGAAGGCUACCUCGACCGAGCCGACGGCGAUGUCCGAGGGCAGUGACGACAAACAAGAAGACCAGGAUGACGACGAUGAAGAUGAAGAAGAAGAGGAGUGCAACGAUCAAGAAGUCGAUCAGUCUUCUCCUGCCAAGCAGCAGAAGAAACCUGAUAGCGUUGCUUCACCGAUUGGUGCCGAGAAGGGUGCCGGCGAUGCCGAAAAUUUCAGCGAAGGUGAUAAUUUACGGCCGUCGCGCGACAGGAAUCACCGAAAAAGGUCAUCGGUCGUGCUGUUGGAUCCCGCACUGGUCGAUUGCGAGGUCGAGGUAAAAAUCGCGGAUCUGGGCAAUGCCUGCUGGGUCCACAAGAAAUUCACCGAGGACAUUCAGACGCGCCAGUACCGUUCGCUGGAGGUACUUUUGGGCGCCGGCUACAAUACGUCUGCCGAUAUUUGGUCGACGGCUUGCAUGGCUUUUGAGCUGAUAACUGGAGAUUAUCUCUUCGAGCCUCACAGUGGUGAGGAUUACUGCAGGGACGAAGACCACUUGGCGCACAUAAUUGAGCUGCUAGGUGAGAUUCCACGACGUAUAGCGCUGUCGGGACGACACUCGCGCGCCUUUUUCAACAAAAAAGGCGAGCUUAAGCACAUAACGGGCCUCAAACCUUGGGGUCUGUACGACGUGCUCACUGAAAAAUACGACUGGUCGCAAAGCGAGGCCCGCGAAUUUGCCGACUUUCUUACGCCAAUGCUCGAGUUCGAUCCGAACAACCGAGCAACCGCAGCCGAAUGCCUCAAGCAUUCCUGGUUGCAGAUCAAGUGAAUGAAUUAUACCGCUUGCGGAAAACACAUUCGAACAGACACGUACUCUCGCACUCCAUGCGCUCUGUCGUCUUUCCCAUCUUAUUGUUUCUCUAUGCGUUAUAUAUUUUUUUCUUUUUACACAAACACACUAUGUUUCUCGUGUUCUUAGUUUUUCCCGUGUUGCAGUAUUUUUUUUUUUUUUUUUUUUUUUCCUUCCUCUUUUUUACGUAUUUGAUGGCUCUCUUUUACGCAUAUGGCGAGUUAAGAGAGGGUACAACUAAUUUUGUGUGUUCUGUUAUUUUUUGAGUACUCCGACCAUCGGCCGAGGCAGAAAACCAUUAUGGGUCGCUAAAGAAUGGAAAUCAAGGAGUGAGAGAUUGUUCAAGGAUGUUGUUGAGAUUAAGUUUAUUUAGUUGAAAAUCAAUUACUUUUAUUGCAAUCCUUCCGCUCAUCGCUUUUUCUUAACUACUUAUUUGAAAGGUGAAUUAAGUGAAUUUCGUUAAGUCGAUCAUGUAUUGUGGCGUGAUUGGUUAUUGAGAUUUAAUAAAUACACCAAUCGUGGUGAGACAUAAAA